AAGAACUUCUCUAAUCUUGAGUUCGUCUUGGCCCUACCCAUAACCAGCCCAAAAGUACCGCCCGUUGCCACCCGGUGCCACCCAGCGUCAAAAUAGAGGUUGAGUGAUUUGGUAUUCAAGUUGCGACACGAGACUUGGCAGAACAAAACAUUCAUUUCCUUGAGGCCUCUUGACACAGAUAUAUAUAUAUAGAAGCUAUCCAUCCACCCGCCCGGUUUGAGACCAUUACCCAGUGCAGUUCAGGCCAGCCCUUGGAACAUGAGCGGCAAUCCCGCCCCCUCACCUGCGGCCGCCGUAGCUGUUGGUGCCGCAUCGACGGGCGGAGCCUCAACCUCCUCGGGUGGUGGUGGGGGUUUGUCGCAGAGUGCCAUCGCCCAAAAGACGUGGGAAAUGUCCAAUCAGGUGAUGGAACUCACGGCCUCGGAGGACAUUUACAAGUACGAUCGCAACGCCCAGCAGAGCAUGUUGAGCGCCAAGCCCUGGGAAAAGGACCCACACUUCUUCAAGGACAUCAAGAUUGCCGCCUUGGCCCUCCUCAAGAUGGUCAUGCACGCCCGAUCCGGUGGAAACAUCGAGGUGAUGGGUCUGCUCUUGGGCAAGGUGGAGAUGAAUCAGAUGGUGGUGAUGGACGCGUUCGCCCUGCCCGUGGAAGGUACCGAGACGCGGGUCAACGCCCAAGCCCAGGGCUACGAGUACAUGACCGAGUAUAUCGAAGCGGCCAAGAAGGUGGGUCGUCUCGAAAACGCCAUUGGCUGGUACCACUCCCACCCGGGCUACGGCUGCUGGCUGUCCGGGAUCGACGUGUCCACGCAGAUGCUCAACCAGAACUACCAAGACCCGUUCGUGGCCAUCGUGGUCGAUCCCGUGCGCACCAUCUCGGCCGGCAAGGUCAACCUGGGCGCCUUCCGCACUUACCCCAAGGGCUACAAGCCCUCGGACGAGGGACCCAGUGAAUACCAGACCAUUCCGCUGAACAAGAUCGAGGACUUUGGCGUGCAUUGCAAGUCCUAUUACCAGAUGGACGUCCAAUACUUCAAGUCGCCCAUGGACCGCAAGCUCUUGGAUUCCCUGUGGAACCACUAUUGGGUCAACACGCUCAGCUCGUGCUCGCUCUUGACCAAUGCCGAGUACACCACGGGACAAAUCAACGAUCUGGCCGAUAAAAUGGACGCGUGGGAGAAUGGCAGCAUUGGGCGGGGCAGUUAUGCCGCAUUGGAAGACGGAUCCGGCGGUAGCGGCAGCGGUAAGAAGACCGAGGACAAGUUGGACAAGGCCACCAAAGAUGCGUGUAAGAUUGUAGCCGAGAUUCUCAGCGGGACCAUGACCCAAGUCAUCAAGGACCGGCUCUUCAACCACACGGCCAAUGCUUGCCGCGGGGAUGUCGCCGAUCAAGAAAUGGCCACGGCCACGUGAAUAAUGAAGCUUGAUAUGUACACGUACCUCUCCUGUCUCGCUCGCCCCGCCUCCAAUGUAACAAAAGAAUAAUGACGUCCCACACUCCGGAUCAGGGACGAACGUGAUCGUGAAUUUGACGCUCUUUUUUUUUUUUUAAUUGUCUAUCUUCAAUUUGUCUCGACAUUGGGCUGGGCUGCUUAACAUUUAGGCAUGCAAUACUUGGGUUCAAAGUUACAAUUUCUUAAUCCUUGGUCAGUGAGUAGUCGGUCGGGGUUGAUAUCAUUCAUAUAUGUCCGGGGGUUGGGGGGUCAUCAGGGCCUUCUCAGUAUUGGUGGUUGGCCACGUACAAGGAUUCGCCGGCGGCUCCGGUGGCUUUACCAUCUCCAUGAUACUUGCCCAAUUGAGCCAAGCCGUUGAUCUUAGCCCGAGCUAGAAGAGCCUCUUGGCCGGCUUGCACGUUCUUGCCGCCCCAGGCCUUCAAGGCCGAGGCCUGGAGAGCCC